UAAUUAGUGCUUACAGACGGAAGUAACUCCCGUCAGCAUUAGCAAGCAGUAUUAUCAAAUAUAUAUCAUGGCAUCGGUACCAUGAAUCAGUACUGUCUUUGUGAUAAGGUGAAAGUACCAUGUGGAUUAUAAUCUUCUUUCUCAUUGGUACUACCCUUGCGGAAGAAUGUCGCAAAAGGGAUUACGGUAACGGCGGACAUGUCUGUGUUUGCACUUCAAAACACUGUGACACUGUUGCAUAUCCUGAGAGAGUGGAACAACCUGAAUUCCUAAUUUACACCUCCAACAAAGCCGGUUUAAGAUUCCAUAAAUCGAGCGGUACUUUCACUAAAACCGAUCAAGUGUCUGACAACCAAAUCCUCAUUAAUUCCAAUGAAAAGUACCAAACUAUGCUCGGAUGGGGUGGUGCCUUUACCGACGCCACCGGAAUAAAUAUCGACUCAUUAGAUGAAGACGCUCAAACGAAAUUGCUAGAGUCGUAUUUUUCCGAAGAUGGUAUUGAAUACAGUUUGUGUAGAGUACCAAUUGGAGGCACUGAUUUUUCGGAACGGGGCUAUUCCUACGCUGAUGGACAUGCAGAUGAAACACUGGGACAUUUCCGAUUAGCUCCCGAAGAUUUUGAUUACAAAAUUCCGUUCAUCAAAAAAGCACAAGAUAUGAGCAAAGGCAAAUUGCAACUUUUCGCUUCGGCUUGGACAGCACCCAAAUGGAUGAAAACGAAUGGGGAAUACGCCGGUUUUGGUUUUUUGAAAGAGAAAAUGUUUCAAGCGUGGGCUGACUAUUUUGUGAAAUUUUUGGAAAAUUAUAAAUCACACGGGAUACAGUUUUGGGGGCUGACAACAGGGAACGAACCAAGUUUAGGCAUUGCACCAUUUAGCAAAAUUAAUUCAGUCGGAUGGACACCCAUAAUGAUGUCCAAUUGGGUCAGAAAUCACUUGGGACCAACUAUUCGAAAUUCGAGCUUCGCCGACAUCAAAAUAAUCACUCUCGAUGACCAACGAUUUUUUCUUCCUUGGUUUAUCAAUAUUGUUUUUAGGAACAAAGCUGCCAAGAAUUACAUCGACGGCAUUGCGGUGCACUGGUACUACGACACUGUCUUUCCUGCAAGUUUACUGAAACAAACGCACGAUAAUUAUCCCGACAAAUUUUUGUUGGCUACUGAGGCUUGUCGAGGUGAAAAAGCUGGUGAAAAAGACGUCAAUUUAGGUUCGUGGGAACGUGGAGAAAGUUACGCUUUUGACAUUAUUGAGGAUGUUACCCACUGGGUGAGCGGUUGGGUUGACUGGAACAUGGCCCUCGACCUAAAAGGAGGACCUACUUAUAUAAAAAACUACGUAGAUUCUCCAAUCAUUGUUAAUUCUACGGCUGGUGAAUUUUACAAACAACCCAUGUUUUAUAGUUUAGGGCAUUUCUCGAAAUUUGUCCCUAAAAAUUCAGUACGAAUUGGAUCGUCAGGGUUUGAUGACCACGUUCCUGUCGCAGCGUUCCAAAGGCCGGAUCACGGUACUGUCGUAGUGAUUUUAAACAAGAAAGACCACGUAGUACCAGUCACGUUAGUCGACGAUUCCAAAGGUAGUAUCCAAGUCGAUCUCAGCAAAAAGUCCAUAACGACUAUCUUGUAUUGGUAAUAACUGUUUUGUACAAAUUUGUUUUAAUAAAAUGUUAACUGCGUAA